CAGUGGCAACUCUGGAAAUGAGAGUGAAUAUUUGCUGAACAAAAGCGUAGAAAACAUAAAUACAUUUUGAAAACAAAUAUAAACAUGGAUCUCAACAUGAAACCCUCUUUGGCUGCUGAUGAAAUGUUUUCCGAAGGCCCUGGCUACAUGGAAAUGGACGAGUCCGGUGGAGCCACAGGAAUGAUGAUGGACCAUCUGCCCUCGAAUGACAAACACGUUCACGCAGACUUCUACAAUGAUUUUGACGACCUCUUCGACGAGGACAAUUGGGCCAAGAUGAAAUCCGAUUCCAAACAGUAGAUUCGCGCAGGAUACUUUAAUUUAGUGGGCGAAUUGAAAGAUCAAUGUCUGCAGUUCAUUCUUCUGUCUGUAAUUUUACUUGCAUAAUUAUCUGCGUUCAUCGGUGUAUAAAAACUUGAUUCAACUAUUGUUUAAUCGCUAUAUUAUGUUCAUUUGGUUCGUAUAACUAACGUAAAUUGCCAUGUGAAGAUAAUGCCGAGGUGGAUUUGAACUUUGGCGUAGCGUAAAAUCAACAAAAUGCGUAAUUUUGUACAGAAAACGAAACUAGUAACUAAAUUUACGAUAUCGAACUGAGUUGCAGGUGGAAUGAAGCAAACGUAAUUGAGAUAAAUACAAAUGUACACGAUAACCUAGUGGA